UCCAACAGAUGCUUAAUUUCUUGCAUCUUAUAUGUAUGGAACUCCACAGCUCGCCUGAGCAUCUGUUUCGUUCUACUUUUAAGAAUCCUUCCUGAUAUAUGCACCUAAUAUGCUUAGACUUUUGUUAUCAAAACAAAGCUGAAGUUUAAGCAGACUAUGGUUUUUCAUCAUUCUUUUUUGUAGUUACCUAGUGUGAGCCAAGAGACCUUAAAACACAGUGGAAUUGGAAGAGCAGUGAUGUAUCUCUACAAACACCCAAAGGAAUCACGGUCCAACAAGGAUAUGGCAGGAAAGCUAAUUAAUGAAUGGUCCCGGCCCAUUUUUGGUUUAACAUCAAACUAUAAGGGAAUGACCAGAGAAGAAAGAGAACAGAGAGAUCUGGAGCAGAUGCCUCAGCGAAGGCGAUUGAGCAGCUCUGGUGGUCAGACACCCCGCAGGGACUUGGAGAAAGUAUUAACAGGAGAGGAAAAAGCUCUCCGACCUGGUGAUCCAGGAUUUUGUGCUCGUGCCAGAGUUCCAAUGCCCUCCAAUAAGGAUUAUGUAGUGAGGCCAAAAUGGAAUGUAGAAAUGGAGUCCUCUCGGUUCCAGGCAAGUUCCAAGAAAGGGGUCAGUCGCCUGGACAAACAGAUGCGGAAGUUCACAGACAUCAGGAAAAAAAGCAGAACAUCCCAUGCUGUAAAAAUCAGCAUUGAAGGAAAUAAAAUGCCAUUGUGACCUUCCGCAGAAUCACCUUUGAUGACUCCUGUAUAGACUCUCAGAAGAUGUCCACAUUUUUUUAAGAAGCAAACUUUGGGGGUUUUAAGUGCAUCUUCAAAUUGUUGGUUCAGUUGAUUGUAAUACAUGUAAGAGUUAUGAACCCUGGGACAUUGUUCAUUAUGGUUUUAUUUAACCCCGAUUUCUCGUCUCCUUUGUACAGACAAAACCUUGUAUUGCUGCAAAUCUCAUACAUUAAAAUCUGUUUCUGAGA